AUAAAGCAAUCAGUCAAACUCAAUCAGUCGUGCGACGAUCAUCAUUUUUCGGUGGUUAAGUUACUAUCAAUUAUCUAUUCGAAAUGUGCAAAAUGUUCGGUGUCCUCAGCCUGGCCUAUGUCGCCAUUUUCGCCUUCGCGGUGGUUAAAUGUGAAGACGUAUCGAACAAAGGAGUUCUGGAUCAUUUGAGCGAAGACAUCAGCGUCGGCAGAACGUUUGGUCACAAUGCUCUGAAGCGAUUAUCCUUCAUAUUUUUGCCGGUGAUGUUCACCCUCGGAGUUAUUUCAACUCUUCUGAUGGCCCUGGCUGUCAUAUCCAUAAAGAACCUUGCUAUCGGCGUAGUGCUCCUAAUUGUGGCUGUCAGUCAGGCGGUGUCUCGUUUAUUCUCGAUAGCAGCUCCCGCACCGGUAGUAUUCCACCCAAGAGCCGAGCCAGUCCUACCCCCCGCGCUCCCCGCGCCGUGGCCCGUGGCUGGCCCUCUCCUCUCACCCUGGGCGAGAUCUGACAACGAUGCCGUUAUAUCCGACUGAACUACCUCCAAAUAAUUAAUACCUAGUACAAAAUUAUAUAAGACAAAUAAUAGUGACAGGUUAGUAACACUUUUAUCAUAACGGCUCCGUUACUUUGAAACAAAUUACUGAUACUCUUACAUAUUUUUUUAAAUAAAAUGUUCCUAACCUGAAGUGAAGCGUCCUAUUUAAGAAUUUGCAUUUAUUGGAAAUGCCAGAUGUGUAUGCCGCGAAAUACAUCAACAAUUUAUUGGCAUUUCCACUUUCGUCUAUCUCUCAUGAGACUUCACGGUAGAUUGACGACGAUGAAUAGUGUUAAGGUAACUUAUUUAUUUAUAUGAAUAAAUUUAUUGAAAAAAGUA